GCGUAAACGGUUUCAUUCAUAAAUACGAUCCGGUGUGAAGUUCAUUCAGAGUUUGCCGAGUCGAGGAUCAAUGCUGGUGUGUAGAUGAUUUUAGCAACGAUACUAUUAAGCUCUCCGUAGUCGGACAGUGUUAACACAUCAUAGGGAUAUUGGACAUACGUUUUACACGGACGGUGUUAUUAGUAAACAAUGAUUAUGGACGGUUUGGACACACUGUCACAGGUAGCCCUAGCAGACCAGAUGAGUCUAGCAAACCUGUGUUUUGACACUUCAGCAUUCGGAGGGAGUCGACUUCCCUCGGAAUCAUUUGAUGACUGUCUCAACACACCUGUUACCAGUAGUUCGGAUGUGACAUUCUUUGGAUGUGAUCCAUUGGGCCCCGUACCAAUCACAGCUACCGCUAAUAUCGAAGCACAGAUCACCAUACCGGAGAAGGAUGGCGUUUUUGCUAGAAGUCAGAUACCACUACAGCAGGAUGACCAGGCAAAUUUCACUAAUCUCACCCACCGAAUCCAGUACAAGGGUACACUGGUCACAACAUCGGUUACGCCUACAUCUAGCAGUAGUGACGCCCUGCCCCAGGGGAUUACGCCCAGCAUCUUCACGCCGCUGUCCCCACUCUUCAGUAUUCUGACGCAGGCUACACAGGGGAUUCAGGCCCAGGUAGGGACCGGAAUACCACAGGGAACUGGACAAGAUUACUCAUUCAUCCCCAAUGCUCAAUGCCAACAUGGCUCGUUUAGCCCGACCCCUUCAACCACUUCCCACCACUCACACGCCGAGUCCCCAACACCGGCCGACCUGAUGAUGGAUCAAACUGACACAUAUUCGACAGGUUUCGGAUCCCCCGUUAGCUCCAACCAGAGUUCACCCGAACACCAAAUGUGCGAAUCUCUCGCCGCCGUCGACACGUCCAGUCUGAACUUCUCGACACCGCCACCACCGCCUUACUCAUCUCGCCCGGCGAUGACAUCUUAUAAUAAUAUGCCAAUGAAACAACAGCCGGUGUUUAACUCUUGUGCACAGCAACUCAACUACCCUGUGACGUCAUCGAUGUCGGUAAAUGUUCCUCAAAGCAUCCCACAGACCGUACUGCAUUUUACAGAGGACCUCAAUUCAAAAGACAUUAAUAUGAAUGCCGAAUUUAAAUGGACGGUUCAAAAUUCUCCCCAACAACAGCAACAACAACAGCAACAACAACAAAUGAACACAAAUCAACCACAGACUCAGUUGCCUGACUUUUCUGCACUUGGUCAGGUAUCAUCACACGGUGUUACCGGCUUCACCCAAACCGGGUUCCAACAAGUGCCCAUCAAAUCUGAGCCAUUAUCAGACUUGCCAAGUGACUUUAUGAUGACACCUACACAAACAGACUUUGCUUCUCCUUCAGCUUCGGUGUCCCCUACUCCAUCUUUACCGGCUGUGCUCAACACGCCUUACCAACAGGGGGCGCUGAAGUUGAUUCCCCUUAAGCCAAGAAAGUACCCCAACCGGCCUAGUAAAACACCUCCUCAUGAGAGACCAUAUGCUUGCCCAGUCGAGAACUGCGACAGGAGAUUCUCGCGAAGCGAUGAACUCACGCGCCACAUACGCAUUCACACCGGACAGAAGCCUUUUCACUGCCGGAUAUGCAUGCGAUCGUUCAGUCGAAGUGACCAUUUGACUACACACGUGCGCACGCAUACCGGAGAAAAGCCCUUUUCAUGUGAUGUUUGUGGACGCAAAUUUGCAAGAAGUGACGAAAAGAAACGUCACGCUAAAGUACAUUUGAAACAAAAGAUGAAGAAAGAGGCUAAGAUUAUAGCUACAACAUCAUCUCUGCCAACGUCUUCGGGUGCUAUGACGGAAGGUCUCGUAUCGAACUGUACUAGCGGGCCUAGUACGUCACUUCCGCUCAUAGUGACAACAUCCUCGUUAUAAACAGUUAAUUCAAACGAGGCUGUUGACAUUUUGUGAUCCAAAGACUUACAAACAUUCAUUCAUCAGAUCAUUCAUUCAAACACGCUACGAAACACAUGGAAUAUAUAAAUUCCAAAGAGACGAACAAUAUCAAUGUAACUCAGAUGUCUUAUGCUCAAUUAUGGAGUUAAACUUUAAAUCAAUUUUUAAAAUGUGUGUUGAUCAGCAUCAGGGAAUCCGGUGAAAAUUGUUAUAUAGAUCAAAUGCUUUAAUUUUGUUGUCUUUCCUUGGUCCGGAUUGCGAUAUAU